CACCACCAUCCAACAUCCAUGGAGGAUGCAGUUAUCCUAUAAAUCUGGGUGUAAACCUGAAAUCAGCCCUCCACCUUUUCUGUCCAGAUUUGAAACAGCAGGGGCAUUGUUGAGAACCGAUAAUUCUCUAAAAGUUAAUAAUAUAGUCUUCAAAAUUUCGUAUCUCAUAUCUUUCUCUGACUUUAGUAUUUUUGGUAGGAUGUUAGAAAUGGUUGACAAGUCAGCUUGGCCUGUGAUAGUCCGUGUGCCAGGUUUCUUGUGCUUCCAGUUUUGUGAGCCUUUAUUCAUAAGCAGAAGGUAACAAAAUGUCGACCGUUGCCACCCCGACUGCCUACACAGUCAAAAGCAGCAUUAGAAGCCAGUCCCCAUCUGUGCUGUUCAGGAGCGCUUGCUCGCUGAGCUCCUCGAAGAGCAUCUCAAAGGCAUCCAGUCUGAAGGUAUCCAACCACUUCAGGGCAUCUGCGAUGGCUGUUUACAAGGUGAAGCUCAUUGGGCCAGAGGGGCAGGAGCACGAGUUUGACGCUCCAGAUGACACCUACAUUCUGGACUCUGCUGAGGCUGCAGGAGUGGAGCUGCCUUACUCAUGCAGGGCCGGGGCAUGCUGCACCUGCGCCGGCCGCAUGGACUCCGGCGAAGUUGACCAGUCCGAUGGAUCCUUCCUCGAUGAAUCGCAGAUGGAAAAGGGUUAUGUCCUGACCUGCGUCUCCUAUCCGAGGGGGGACUGCGUCAUUCACACUCACAAGGAAGGUGAGCUUUUCUGAGUACUGUGGAUGUGCAUGGGCUUCUGUAUUGGCAAUUAGAUGCCUCAGGGGUUUUGUUGUUGGUUUUAUAUAUGUUCAAGGUAAAACUCUUGCUCAAGCUGAUGUAAAUGUGGUUUAUUGUUAGGAGCAUUUCUAGGAUCUGAUGAUAUCUAAAUAAACUGGGUCUAUGUGUGCUCCGUGUUUGCAUGAAUCGUGUAUUACCGAAAUUUAUUUCAAGCUCUUUGAUAGAACAAAUCUAGUGAUGACUGGAGCAAUUUGUUGUGUCGACAAGAACUUUUCUCAGAACUUUGGCGCCUUCUGAUUCAUUAGUGGCAUGCCAUGCAGAUACUACAUCAUGUUAACCUUCUGGUGACCAAAAAUUGAAUUCGAAUGUUUCAAUGUUGAGUUUUAAACUACUCGAAGAUGUGAUUUGACAUUUGGAUUUUAAGUCUAGCGAGCUUAUGAAUGCUUCCUUUUAGAGAUUUCUGA